UUGAUUUUAUUUUUUUAAUUUAUAUUUUUUAAAAGGAAGGAAAUCCUCAUUGUUAGCGAAACAUAAACAGAGAAAAUUCAAAGGCACGGUUUAAGCCUUUGGAGUUCGGUCUUAAGAACCCACACGAACGAUCUCCCAUUGUUGCAAUAUUCUCUUUGAUUUUUUCCCUUUGGAAAUCUGACUUGCUUCCAAACUUGCUGGAGAGAGAGGGAGAGAGAGAGGGAGGGAGAUUGCCAUAAUAUAUGGCGAUCUUUGAAGCGAAACAGGGAAUGUAUGGAUUCUGGUAUUGCUUAUUAUUGCUUUUGGUUUACACGAGGGUUUGUUCGUCCGCGAGAUCUGACAAGGAGAUUAGGGAGCGGUUUUACGGGAAUUUGUUGAAUUCCUCUGCGCCUGAAAAUGGAGAAGGCAGUAUAGCCAAAAUGUUUGAUCGAGUUCUGGAGAAAGAGUUCUCCGAAAAUGAUCAGCCUGAAGGUUCUGAUGGAAGCAGCUUCAACAGCAGUGUAGCUGAUCAACAGGCUGUAUUGGAGACUGUAGCUAAAAUCACUCAUGAGAAGGCCAAGAAAAAUGAUACACAAGUGGCUAAUGGAACAAAAUCAUUCCAGUUUCCAAAUGUAUUUUCACUUGAAAAUGAAGAUUCUGAGGACAUGACAACUCUUAUUGACAAAAAGGACAAUGUAUUUGUGAUGUCAAACAAGAAAUCCAAGUACCCAAUACUUCAAGUAGAUUUGAGAUUAAUUUCAGAUCUGGUUGUUGUCAUAGUUUCUGCUGCCAUUGGUGGAAUUGUUUUUUCUUGUUUGGGACAGCCGGUCAUUGUGGGCUAUCUUCUUGCUGGUUCGAUUAUUGGACCAGGGGGUCUGAAAUUCAUUAGUGAGAUGGUACAGGUUGAAACUGUGGCGCAGUUUGGUGUUGUGUUCCUUCUUUUUGCUUUAGGGCUGGAGUUUUCUUUGACAAAGUUAAAAGUUGUGGGGCCUGUUGCUGUUCUUGGAGGGCUACUUCAAAUUGUGAUAUUUAUGUUCUUGUGUGGCAUAACUGCUGUGCAGUUUUGUGGAGCUAAGUUGUCUGAGGGUGUUUUUGUGGGUUCCUUCCUGUCAAUGUCAUCGACAGCAGUGGUGGUGAAAUUUUUAGUUGAACGGAAUAGUAGUAGUGCUCUUCAUGGUCAAGUCACAAUUGGAACGCUUAUAUUUCAGGAUUGUGCUGUUGGUUUGUUAUUUGCUUUGCUUCCUGUCUUGGGUGGCAGCAGCGGGCUGGCACAAGGAAUGGUUUCAAUGGGCAAACUGCUGUUGGUGUUGUCCAUAUUCCUCACUGUUGCAUCUAUAUUGUCUUGGUCAUUUGUGCCUCGUUUUCUUAAGUUAAUGAUACAGCUAUCAUCUCAAACAAAUGAACUUUAUCAGCUUGCUGCGGUGGCCUUCUGCUUAUUAUCUGCUUGGUGCAGCGACAAGCUUGGCCUUAGUCUUGAGUUGGGUUCAUUUGUGGCUGGAGUUAUGAUAUCUACCACUGACUUCGCACAACAUACCUUAGACCAGGUGGAACCAAUUCGUAACUUGUUUGCGGCUCUCUUCCUUUCUAGUAUUGGAAUGCUCAUACAUGUACAUUUUCUGUGGAACCAUGUGGAUAUAUUGCUAGCAUCUGUGAUUCUCGUUAUAGUGGUUAAGACAGCUGUUGCUGCUAUGGUUACUAAAGCCUUUGGUUAUGGCAUGAGGACAUCGUUCCACGUUGGAGUAUUGCUUGCUCAAAUUGGAGAAUUUGCUUUUGUUCUCCUAAGCCGUGCCUCAAAUCUUCAUCUUGUUGAGGGAAAGAUGUAUCUUCUUCUUCUUGGAACAACAGCUCUUAGUCUGGUAACAACUCCUCUUUUAUUCAAAUUGAUACCUAAUGUCAUGAAUUUGGGGGUUCUAUUGCAAUGGUUUCCAACAGAAAGCAGCAUGCAGAAUGAGGAGAGAGCUUCCAUGAUUGAAACGCAUAACAGAUUGUUGUGACCUCGCAUGUUUUACAAUCUGGACAUAUGAGGGGGUAAAGUUAAAGGCCUCAGUAAUUUGUAAAUAUAUGGGUUUCUCCUCGCUGCCAAGUCCAUGGUCGAGAUUUCAGAUGGCACGUCAGAAUUUCAGUUCCAUUAACAAUUUAGCCCGAAGUUCGCAUUCAUAUACAUAUAAUCUUCAUAUUCUUUGAAUAGUGUGUAUAUAUAUGUAUUUUUUUUUAGCCCACUUAGCUGUAUUUUUUGGCAUUUUGUUGCCCAAGAGCCAUAGUUUUGCUCAAUUACUUGAUUUUGUGACCUAAAAUUCAUAUUUUGUAGGAGGAAAAAGAAAUGGGUAAGCGACAAGGUAAAAGAGUAAUUGUGAGUGCCUAAUAUAGGCUUGUCAUGGUUUGGUUUGUUGGUCAUGUUUUUGUGGGUUGAAAUUGGAAUUGAAAAUUGGACGUGCGAAUUGUAGUAUAAUUUAAGGUCAUAUUUGGUAUGGUUUACAAAA